GCAGGGAAAUGAGAAACCAAGUGAAGAAAAAAACAGAAUACAAUUCUUCUAUUUGCUGUCUAAGUUAAGAGAGAAGGAAAAAACUUUCUUUUUUUAUUAUUUAAAUUUUAUUUCCGUUUUCAAAUUUUCGAAAAACAGAGAAGAAGUUGUCAAAAACAUGGGAGAAGUAGUACUGUUUAUGGAGGAUUUGAAAUCAGGUUAUGAAAUUUCACACUGCAGAAUUUGCCAUGAAGAAGAAUUUGAAAGCUCUUCCACCUUGGAAGCUCCUUGUGCUUGCUCUGGAACUGUUCAGUUUGCUCAUAGAGAUUGUAUACAGAGAUGGUGCAACGAGAAAGGGAAUACAACAUGUGAAAUAUGUCUUCAUAAUUAUGAACCAGGAUACACAGCACCUCCAAAAAUUUCUCCACUAAUUGAAGCAGCAGUCACCAUUAGAGAUAGCUUGCAAAUUCCAAGAAGAGAACUACAAAGGGGAAGAAGAAGUGGUAGUGGUGGUGGAGUAGUGGUGGGCACCGCCGUGGCUGAAAACGAAAACUCUCAAUGCACGUCCGCCGCGGAUAGAAGCGUGUCUUGCUGUCGUACGCUGGCUCUACUCUUUACAGUAAUUUUGCUUGUGAGACAUCUCUUCGCUAUUGUAACUGGUGGACUAGAAGAAUACCCCUUUACUCUUGUUACUAUAAUUAUUUUAAGGACAACUGGCAUUAUACUCCCAAUGUUUGUAUUAGUUCGAACAAUCACAGCAGUUCAAAAUAGCAUCAAACGACAUAAUCAGGAUUCUGAUGAUGAUGACUCCUCAACUUUUGAUGGAGAUGAAGAAGAUGAAUUGUACCAACAUUUAGUAUAAAACGAUGCUCUUUCCUAGAUUUUCUAAUCAUUAUUAUUUUGUGUAUCUGGGCAUCUUUUCAAUGCCUUAUUUUAUUUUGAGGUAAAUUUUUAUAAAAAAAUCAAAAUCAAAAUCAAAAUCAUAAUUCUUUUUCAGAAGAUUUUAAGCAUUGUAGCAAAUCUUUCUUUGGCUAAUGGAAAAAUGUUAACCAUCCAAAUCCACCACCCAACCCACCCACUUAUUUUUUUUAAUGAAUAUAAAUUCAACCAUUCUGGUUUGUAAGAUGAACAACCAAACUUAUUAUGAGAUGAGUCACUUUGAAACAAA